AUGACCAUCCUUUCAAACCUGCUUGCUCUCUCCCUCGUCGCCCUCGCUCAAGCUGUCCCCAACGUCACCCCCGUCCUCGCCCAAGGUGGCUGCUCUGUCUACCCAUCGUAUGACGCCUCGACGGGCAUCGCCGGUCCCUGGAUCAUCCAGGUCGACCAGUGCACCAACACGACAUCCUCCCAGCCCUGCAGCAUCAACGGAUACGGCGACAACGUCCAAGUGAGGCGGCUGGCCGACGACACGGGGAUUCACGAGGGUUACAUAACCAUCGCCUCCGUCAACGACCAAGCCAAAACCCCAAUCCGGUGCAACGACGCCACAGGCACCAACAACAGCAUCCUCGAAGCCCUGACCCCUACCGGCGUCAGCGGCUACGCCUGGAACCAGAUCAACAUCACCAACAUCCCCUUCUCUGCACCGCUGAUGUGGGGGCUGCCGGCCGACGCCUCCAUCCCCAUCGAGCCCUACUACCACUACGUCGACGGCAAGCGGCAGCCGGGCCUGUUCCUCGGCUCGCACAAUGUCACCACCUGGGGCAUCAAGUACUACGAACCCGACGCCGCGAGCACUGUCGACGGUGAGCCGUACUGGUUUAUUCGGUUGCUGGGACCAGGUAGUGCCGAUCCGACGACGGGGGAGGCUCUUGAGGAGGGCGAAUAUGAGACUUUUAUUCGUGUAUAUGGCAGUUAA